CCAGUUACACUUCUCUCCAUCUUCUUCUUCUCGUCCUCCUUUUCUCCAAUCACGAAGUUGAGAAGAGAUGUGCAUGGGGAAGGGUGAUGGUAAAUCAUGAAGAGCAUGAUAAGUAUGUUGUGGAAAUGAAGCCGCUGAGGGCAGCAACUACUUGCAAAGAUCAAGCAAAGGGCCUCGGAUUGACAUUGGCACACAGGCAGGGAGUUUGUUCGCCGAUUGCCGCGAACCGUCAAUCCCGCAAUUCCAAGCUCAUUUUUCUCCGAGACCAAUCGCGGGUCAAUUCCAUGAAUGUCCUAGGACAAUCUGGGGCACUGCCUGCUGAGGAUCAUGGCGAGCAUGCCCAGAUGCCAAUCCGCCGCAGCUCUCCUGGAAUGGGCGAGUUUGUGGUCACAAUCGGCAUCGGGACCCCAAAAGUCGACCUGCCUCUAAUCUUCGACACGGGCAGUGAAGUUACAUGGACCAAAUGUGGUCAGCAAGGUCCAUUGUUUGAUCCACAUGAGUCUAAGACAUUUUCGUGGCCACGAUGCUCUGCAUCGAAAUGCAACUACUCGAUCAACUAUGCAGAUGGAUCGUAUUCCAAUGGCGAAUAUGUCCAAGAUCUGCUCACCCUCACUCCGGAGUACCAGUUCGAGGACUUCCUCUUCGGUUGCAGCCAAAGUUAUAGCGACGAUUUCGGUGCCACGGCCGGUGUAUUAGGCCUAGGACAAGGAGACAAUACCUUAAUCUCCCGCAUAGAACAAAACUUUUCCACUAUCUUCUGCUACUGCAUCCCUGGCAGCGAGAGCUCAUCCGGGUACUUACUUUUUGGGUUUAAUGCCCUUACUAAUUGCCAAACAGACAAUAUCACACCUCUCAUAAUCGACCAAUAUAACCCAUCUUAUUAUUUUGUCAACCUAGUUGGUAUUGCCCUUGGGAAUCAGACAUUUAGCCUAUCUUCAGAGUCUCCACCUCCUAGGACCAUCAUAGACUCGGGGACUACCUUCACUCGGUUGCCGCCCUCGAUUUAUGAGGCUGUUCGCGCAGAAUUCGUCAAGUACAUGUCGACCACCUACAGCGUUGCAAAGCCUCUGUCGACACUGGACACGUGCUAUGAUCUUCGGGGUCAGGAGAAUGUGAAGUUGCCGAAGAUGAUCCUACAAUUUGAGAAUACCGACAUUACGUUGGACUCGUCCGCCGUAGUUUGGCGAGAGAACGAUGAUGCGCAAGUUUGCUUGGCCUUCAAGCCGAACCCACCGAACUCGGAAAGGCAAGACCUGGUCAUUAUCGGCUACGUGCAGCAGCAGAACCUGAACAUACUCUUCAACAUUCAAGAAAAAAAGUUACAUUUUGGGACAGGUCGUUGUGGCAAUUGAGAGGCUACAAUUAAUGAAGGAAACUAUAUAAGUGACGUGGAUAUCCAAACGAGUGCCCGUUUUUAUUUGGAAUAUUGUUUCGCUACGCGUAGCACAUACUUACAUGAUGUGUGUUGUUAAAUUUCCUUUACAUCAAUCCGUGUGUUUUUAUAAGAUCAUGAUAGCUGUAAUGACUGUCUUUGUGCUUUAUCAAU